AUGGUCAAUCCCAGACGUGGGGGCCGUAUCCAGCAAAUGGGUGGCGCCAAGAGAAAAGAAAGGAUCAAAAGAAAUCAAGGUGCCGUCAAGAUGAGCAGUGGAAGAUCCCGAAUCGUCAGAAAAUUCCGAGACAAGAAAAAGAAGAAACCCAAGAAAAAGAUUCGUCGUACGUCAGACGCCGAGAUAAGACAUCAAACACCUCCUCCGCCAAUCUCUGUUCCACACAUCAGUCCAACAAUAUACACUUCCGAGGAAAUGGAGGAAAUCAACCAGUUUUUCCGAGGUGCUCUCUUGCGACAACGUAUGAUGGCUCAGCUGGAGAUGAAUGAUGAUUCGACCAAUUGGGACGGCUGGGUUCGAGAAGAGCGUCCGACAUUCAACAAUACAAGGAUAGAAGAGCCCAUUCAGGAGCCAUUUCUGUGGGAUCAGAUUCAUGAACAGUUUGAGCUGAGGCAAGCGGCGGAAGAGAGAGCCAGACGUGAAGCUGCGAUGCAAUGGGUGGUCGAAGAAGAUGAAAUUGAUGAGCCACCGGAUUACGAUCAGUAUGCUGAAAAUGUGCCAAGAGUAUAUCAAAUAGAACAGCAGUCUGCCGAAGAAUUAGAGUACGUGGUUCGAAGAGCAUUAGACGAAAUAGCCAGAAAUAUGCCGAGAGACCCGAGUGUACCGCCAGCCGACGAAGAAUUGGCAAGAAUCAACGAAGAAAUGGCGAGAAUCGACGCAGAAGUGGCGAGAAUCUACAGAGAAGUUAUGGAAGAAACUGCAGAAGCUGAGAUAGCUGUGCAGGAAGUUGCCGCAGAGAAUGAUGUUGCUGCUGUGGAUGAAGAUGAAGACGAAGAUGCAAUUCAAAUUAUUUACGAUAGCAGAGAAACAAAUAUCCUUGUGAACUAUAUGAGAAACCUCCCACCACAAUUACAUGAAGAGGACGAGGAAGACAGCGAAGUAGAUUAUUCCGAUUACCUCGAAAUGAUGAAUAUUGCACAUGGACCAGUUUACGAAGUGAUACCAGGAAGAGGCGGUUUCCCAUUCUGGAAUGCCGGCUAUUUUCAUAAUGUAGUACUUCGUCAAAUACAACGACUGCGACAACGUCCACCAAGACCACCAAGAGUUCGUCUUACGUAUUUCAAAAUACCGUAUUUCGCGCCCCGACAAGUCAAAGAAGUCGCGAUCACAGACUUUGUGAACUAUAAUCUCUUCUUCAUCAAAACCCCACCGCCUCGAUAA